UCUGGUCCCCACUGUUCCUACCUUAGACCUGGUCAUUUGUAUCUCUCUUGCCAUGUCUUGCCGCUCCUUUCAGAUGGGCUCCAGAUGUGGCAACCGGAGUUUCAGUUCCUGUUCUGCUGUUAUUCCUCGAACAGUGACUUAUUCCUCCAUGAAUAAGGGGCCAUACAAGGUAGGGGGCACAGGCACCCUCCGAUGGCUGGGCUGCUUUGGCUCCAGAAGCCUGUGCAACGUGGGCUGUGGGAAGCCCCGGAUUGCCUCCAGGUGCAGCUUGCCCAGCUUUGGCUACCGGGUUGGGGCAGCCUGUGGACCUCCCCCCUGCAUCACCCCAGUCACGGUCAACGAGAGCCUGCUAAUCCCUCUGGAGCUGGAUAUAGACCCUAGUGUGCAGCAACUGAAGAGGAAUGAGAAGGAACAGAUCAAAUGUCUCAAUAAUCGGUUUGCUUCAUUCAUCAAUAAGGUGCGCUUCCUAGAACAACAGAACAAGCUGUUGGAGACCAAAUGGAACUUUCUGCAGCAACAGAAAUGUUGCAAAAGCAACAUCGAGCCCAUCUUUGAUACCUACAUCAGCACUUUGCAGAAGCAGUUGGAUUGUGUGGCAGGUGACCGGGUGCGACUAGAGGCAGAGCUCAAUGGUUUGCAGGAUGUGCUGGAAAGCUACAAGAGAAAAUAUGAGGAAGAACUAUCCCUGCGACCCUGUGCAGAGAAUGAAUUUGUAGCCUUGAAAAAGGAUGUAGAUACAGCCUUUCUGAUUAAAGCUGACUUGGAGACCAAUGUUGAAGCCCUGCUUCAGGAGAUCAACUUUCUGAGAAACUUAUAUGAGGAGGAGAUCUGCCUGCUCCAAUCUCAGAUCUCUGAAACCUCAGUCAUUGUGAAGAUGGACAACAGCCGGAACCUGGAUGUGGAAGGCAUCAUUGGCGAGAUUAAGGCUCAAUAUGAUGACAUUGCUAGCCGGAGCAAGGCUGAGGCUGAAGCCUGGUACCAAUGCCGGUAUGAAGAACUAAGACUGACAGCUGGAAACCACUGUGAAAACCUACGGAACAGCAAGAAUGAGAUCCUGGAAAUGAAUCGACUAAUCCAAAGACUACAGCAAGAAAUUGAGAAUGCUAAAGCUCAGCGCUGCAAACUCGAAGGUGCCAUAACUGAUGCUGAGCAGCAGGGUGAGGCUGCCCUGAACGAUGCCAAGUGCAAGCUGGCAGGGCUGGAGGAGGCUCUGCAAAAGGCCAAACAGGACAUGGCGUGCCUGCUGAAGGAGUAUCAGCAGGUGAUGAAUUCCAAGUUGGGACUGGAUAUCGAGAUCGCCACCUAUAGGAGGCUGCUAGAAGGAGAGGAGCACAGGCUAUGUGAAGGUGUUGGACCCGUGAAUAUAUCUGUCAGCAGUUCUAAAGGUGCCAUCCUGUAUGAACCCUGCAUGGUGAGAACAGAGUUCUGCCCUGGGAGCUCAAGCGGCAUUCGGAGCAGUGGGGGCUGCAGCUCAGGCGCCAUGGGGAGUAGCAUUGUGGUGGGCACUGGCGAGCUCUAUGUUCCCUGUGCCCCUCAGGGUGGGUUCAGUUGUGGGAGUGGGCGGAACUCAAACAUCAAGCUGGUGUCUGGUGGCUCAUCUAACCAUAAAUGCUAACAUACUGUGAUCUGGCUAGGAAACUCCUCGGGUCUUCUCAGCCCUGCAUUCCCAAUCAGCUUCCAGCAUAAUUACAAGCUCCUAAACACCUUUCUGCAUUGCCCUUGUGUGUUUUAUUUUUUUAUUGUAAACGUGUCUUUUUUUUUAAUCAACAAGCAUUUUUUUCUCUUUUGCACUAUCACCACCAAUACCACAAAAGAAAAAGAAAAUUCUCUUAACAAAUAUGCAUAGUCAAACAAAACCUAUUCCAACACUAGAUCUGUCCAAAAUGCAUUUCAUUCUUGAGUCCAUUUUCUCUGCAUCAGGAAGUGGGUAGCAUACUUCUCAUUGAUUUUCUGGAGUCACAGCUGGUCGUUUCUUUAAUAAGAUUGUUCCUUAGUCUCUCAAAGCCAUUUUUUUUAAACAAUGUGAUUGCUGUUGCUCAAUUACAUAUGAUGCGUCAUGACCCUCUUUGGGAUUUUCUUGGCAAAGAUCCUGGGGUGCUUUGCCAUUUCCUUCUCCAGUUCAUUUUAUAGAUGAAGAAACUGAGACAGAGUUAAGUGACUUGUCCAGAUUCACACAGCUAGUGGCCAUAUUUGAAUUCACAAAGAGAGGUCUUUUUUACUUCAGUCCCAGUACUCCAUUCACUUUGUCCCCACCUGUAAUUGCAAUUGAACGAGUUGUUCUCCUGCUUUUUCUCCCUUCAUUUUAUACAGUUGAUACAAAUUUUCCCAAGUUUCUCUGAAACCGACCAUUUCAUAACAUAUUUUUGGUGGUACAAUAGUGUAUUUUCAUUUGAAACUACUCUUCAUUGUAACGAAAAUUUCCAAUUCUCCAUAUAAUGCUGUGUAUUUAUUUCUCUGUAUUGUGCUAGAUAUUGUUGUAGGAAUAAGGGUGAAAAGAGAGGAUUGAUGAUAUCUGAAGAACAUUAAGGCACAGACUCAACUUUCAAAGAGCUGACACUAACCAGACAACUAGUUAAAUAAACAAAAGAUGGUGUAAAAAUAGCAAAUAGACUCUUCAAUCUUAU